UCGCACCGUAGGACUCCAAAAGGCUAGAACUUGGCUUUGGUGAUUACCGAGGGUAAGAAGAGUACAGGGAUUUGUGCUGGUGCAGCUCUACGGGGACAUGGAGCGGCAGGAGAAGCGGAACUGGACCGGAGUCUUUCUGCUGAUCACUUACUUUUCCACCUUCUUCUGGCUUCAGGGAUCCGGACGCGUCAUCAGGGAGGUCAGUGAUCAAACGCAACAUGAACAUUUAAGUGACAUCAAGGAGCUUAGGAGGCAGCAUAAAAGACCAUCAGUUCAUCUUCUGGUUGCAAAAGGAAAGGGAACUACAAAAUCAUUUUCUCCAUGUUACCAGCAAGAUGGAACUUGUAUUCAGUGGAUGAUGCAGCACAGUGUAAGGCUAAAGAGUGAAUUCAAGCUGAACGACAGCAACACAUCUGUGAUUAUCCCACGGACAGGCUAUUACUUUAUUAACCUGAGAAUAAAUUAUAAAGUACCAGAUGCAUAUGACUGUAACAACAAAAAUAGUCCUACUUUGUGGGCUGCAAUUAAGCAGUAUCAUCCUGACUACCAAGUUGCAAGAGAUAUUUUAAGUACAAAAGAGACUAUGCAAUGUAUAAACAACUGGCAACAGACUCUAAGCUUAAAUCGAGUAGAGAAAAUUAAAAAUACAACAAAGUUGUAUGUUAAAAUAAUUCCAGAGAACACUGAGUUUAUUGUUUGUGAAAGUUUAGACAUUUUUUUUGAUGUCACAUUUCUGCACAAUAGUGACUAACUGCAGGAAUGAAUUGGUGUCACUGUAUGGUUACGGCUGGGGGCAUGCUUAUACAGAAAAAUUAUAAGCAAUAAUAAAAGUGGUAUCAGGAAGCUUAAGUGCUGUAAUCAGUGUUUGUUACUACCUUGGCAUUAUUUUUUAAAAAGCAUCCCCCAGAGUGCUUAUACCAUAAUAACCUAUCAGUGAUUAGACACUGUUCUUUUAGAAAACAUAUUGUAAUUUCUAACCAUUUAUAUUUACUUAAGUACCCACUUUACUUACACAGUAGCCUGAACAUUUCACAUGUAGUCACAUUUUGAUUUAUUUAUUGUAGUAAAUUGUCAAUCUUGUUUGUGCAUUGUUGUCAUAUUUAAUGGUGUAAAAGUUUAAGUUAUACAAUUGUGAAUGUGUUUUAGUGUAGU